AUGGAAAGAUUCCAACAAGAACAACAAAUAGGAAAUAACUCAUUACAAACACCUAAAUUCCUUCAAUCAAAAAAUAAGAUAAUUCAAAAAUUUAGAUUUUUUGUUGGACUUAUUCCAAUAUUUAUUCCAGUAUUAUUAGUUGGGAUGUAUUUACUUUUCUUUAGCUUUAUCUUUAAAUAUGUUAAAGAAUUAUUUUCAAUAUCAUUUGUUAUUUUUAUAUUUCUAUGGUCACAUUAUAAAUUAUAUUGUUUAUUAUAUCAUUGGUUUAAAUCAUAUACAACUAAACCAUUUAUUAUUCCAAUUAAUUAUUAUCACUCUUUAGUAAAUAAUUCUAAUUUAAUUGAAUUUUGUGAUAUUUGUAAUCAACAAAAAUAUCCAAGAACUCACCACUGUUCAGUUUGUAAUCAAUGUGUGGUAAGAUAUGACCAUCAUUGUGCUUGGUUAAGUUGUAUUGGAUUACAUAAUAUUAGACAUUUUUAUUUAUUUCUUUAUCAUGGAACUACAACUACAUUAUUAGGAUUAUAUAUGUUAAUAGUUAUUCUUUAUAAUAAAAAAGGAAAUCAAGAAUUUUAUUUUAAAUCGGUUUUAUUAAUAACACUUGUUUUAGCAAAUUUAUUUAUUACUUGUUUAUUACAAUUUAUUAUACAAACUGUAAUGAUUUCUGUUAAUGAAACAAUGGUCGAUAUGAUUUCUACUAUUAACUCAUUAAUUAAAAAUAAAACUUUAAUUUUACCUUAUUAUAUUUCUUUAAUUGAAAAUUGGAGAGACGCUUUUCUUGUAAGAAAAGACCUUUCUCUUUUAUGGUAUUUUCUUCCAUACACCCCUUCUAUUAAAUAUAAUAUAACUGUUGAUGAUCUUGACUCCAUUGAAAUUGAUGUUUAA